AUCCUCCUCACACACAAAAGCAGUGCAAUUAGCUGACUUAAGAGAGCUGACGCUUAGCCAGCUGCAAGAAGAAAAUAGUGAAAUAGGAAGGGAGAGAGGCAGCUGAGGAAACGGUCGCCAUGGAAGAACACAAACAACAGCUCCCAAUUCUCUCCCAGUGAAAUCCACAUCACAAAGCACCAUCUCCUGCGAGAAAGGCAGACCUAGAUGCAUCCACACAGUCUUCCACUGAGAAAGCACCACACGUCUGCAUCCAGAUCCAGGCACUGAACCUCCUGAGCAGUCCGUCUGCACUGGGAGGAAUGCACAGCUGGGAUACGGGCAGGAUCUUCUUUGUUCCUCAUUAACCACAAGCAUCGCCUGAGCCCUUCCUCGAGGAAAACACUGUGCAUCCAGACCAUCUCUGAACACAAUGGGAACGACAGAAGCCACUCUGCGGAUGGAGAAUGUGGAUGUGAAGGAGGAAUGGCAAGAUGAGGACUUCCCCAGACCUCUCCCAGAAGAGACAGGAAUGGAGUCACUGGGCAGCCCUACAGAAGAUGAGAAUACAUCCUCUCCCCCAAAUACUUUAAACUUUAAUGGGUCGCAUCGUAAACGGAAGACACUUGUUGCACCUGAAAUCAACAUUUCCCUGGACCAGAGUGAAGGCUCCAUUCUCUCUGAUGACUUCUUGGACACACCAGAUGACUUGGAUAUUAAUGUGGAUGACAUUGAAACUCCUGAUGAAACAGAUUCCCUUGAAUUCCUGGGAAACGGGAAUGAACUGGAAUGGGAAGAUGACACUCCUGUAGCCACAGCCAAGAACAUGCCUGGGGACAGUGCAGAUCUCUUUGGGGAUGGUGGAACAGAAGAUGAGAGUGCUACCAAUGGACGGCUCUGGAGGACAGUCAUCAUCGGAGAGCAGGAGCACCGCAUUGACCUCCAGAUGAUCAAACCUUACAUGAGAGUGGUGACACAUGGAGGGUAUUACGGAGAAGGUCUCAAUGCCAUCAUUGUCUUUGCUGCCUGCUAUCUCCCAGACAGUAACCUGGCUGAUUACCACUACAUAAUGGAGAACCUCUUCUUAUAUGUGAUCAGUAGUCUGGAGCUGCUGGUGGCUGAGGACUACAUGAUUGUGUACCUAAAUGGAGCAACACCCCGGAGGAGGAUGCCAGGCCUUGGCUGGCUAAAGAAAUGCUAUCAGAUGAUAGACAGAAGGCUGCGUAAAAACCUCAAAGCCUUGAUAAUUGUGCAUCCUUCAUGGUUCAUCCGGACAGUGCUGGCUAUAUCAAGGCCCUUCAUCAGUGUGAAGUUUAUCAGUAAGAUCCAGUAUGUUCACAGCUUGGAGGAACUGGAGCAGCUUAUUCCAAUGGAGCAUGUACAGAUUCCAGACUGUGUCUUACAAUAUGAAGAAGAGAGGAUCAAGGCCAGAAAAGAAAGGGCAGAAGACAAACAAGACAUGGCUGAAAAGGAAAGCAGGACUGUGCCCCCUACAGAGGAUCAAGAAAGCAGUAUGUCAUGAAUCAAAGGAGAGUCGAACAAAUGGUGUAGAAGAAUGAUGCAGUCUGGCAGUCACCCAUGUAAAUGACCUUUUGUUAUAAGACCUUGUCAUCAUCUUAUUCUGAGUUCUGUAAUAUCACGGAGUGUGCCUCCCCCAUCUUCAAGAUGCCACGUUCUUCAAAUUUUUGGAAACAUUUUACUUUAAACAACAAGAAGAAAGAACAAAUAAAAAGCUGAGAAUAGCACUUUUCAGGUCAGGUUCCAGCAUGUUCAACAAUGGUCUGUGGAGAGCUCUAAGUAGUGCAAAUAGGUAACAUAUUUCCUGUUAGUAAGUUAAGGGCAUCCUGUAGCCCAUUAGCUAUCAGCAUGACAAAAAAACUUUUUUGUUGUUGUUGUUUAAAUUAGAAUCCCUCCCCCUAACUUGCUGCUGGCCAGCACUGAGACAUUUUUCUUUAAACUGUACACCCAGUUUCCUCUACACAGGUAUUACAACAGCCAUUGCCCCAGGAAAUAACUAAUGCAGGAAAUGAAAAAAGUACAUUUUCUUCCUUCCUCUAUUCACUGUAUGUUUCUUCCUGUAAAUCCCAAGUGCCCUGGUCUACACAUUUCUUCCAGCCUUGACCUCCUCAGUUCAUCUAUUGCCAGUUACUCUGAUUAACUCAUAUUGAACCUUUCCUAUGAGUAAAUGCCAUGAUUUUUCUUAUUUGUUUUGUCUCAGUUUGCAAGGCACUGGUAAUUUUAAAAAGGGUCCCAUGUGGUAUGACAGAACCUUUUUAUGAGCAUCUUCUAAAGUUAAUGCACACACGCUAAAAGGUGUUUUAAGAAAGAGCCUUAUGGAUGGGAAAGUCUUUCAUGCCUUGUCUUUAUAUUGAUUUCGUAACAUUGGACAAUCAUUCACUAUUAAUACCUCCUAUUGCAGAGACAAGCUGCUAAACAUUUGAAAUUUCCCACUUUCUGUCCCUGGGUAAUGAGGGUCUCAUCUAUUAAUAUACAUGCCUGGGAAAAACCUUGGUGGAGAAUGCUGCAGGACAUUGUAUCUGGGUUCAGCUUCUCAGUUACCCAAGAGACACAGAUGUGAUAUUGGGACUCUGAAACUUGUUGUUUGGACCCAUGAGGAUUCUUUGACCAAAGAGAGAAGAAAAUUUAGGAAACAACUAACUGGCAAAAUCAUUUGGAAACUACUGAUUUCAUCAAAGCCAGCAUACAUAAACUGUCACACCUACCCCUUGCAAACAAAUGAAGAUGAAGAACUAUCUGCAGAUUUCACCACUUACAGAAUAUUUCAGGCUGGCAACCUUAAUCCAUGGCUAUUUAAAAUUAACUUCACUCUGCUGUGAAGUCCUCUAGAGGACAAUUCUGACAAAGCAAGAUUUUCUUCAGCAUAGUGAUGUCUUCUCUGUAUUCAUAAAAAUUCUCUUUUUUCUUCCCAGUGCAUAAUACUGUUGCAGAUGAGAUCUUUAUUUUCCUGAAUGCUACAAAAAGCACCAAAUAUGUUUGCUAACUUUACUUCUCAUUUAAUGUAUUUUUUUUUCCCAUAUUCUUCGGUCAUAGAUGCAUUUACCAAACAGGCCUUUACAUGAAAAAGAGAGAACUGCACCCAUAACAUUAACCCUUGAUGCUGAAGAUGAAAACUUGAUAUUCUGUUACACUGGCAUAUUUGUAAUAAGCACCAAACAAGCAUCAACUGCCAAGGCUCUCUAGAAAUUUUAUUAUGAGCCCAUUAUUGGCAAUGCAAAUUCUAUACUACAAGGAAAAAACAGCACUUUGGGAGUUUACAUUUUAUGCCCAUCAAAAAAACAUUCUGUAGUAAGCCUUCCAGACAGCAGACAUACAUGUCAAGACAGAAGUAGGAGUCAGAAAUUUUGAAAUCUUCAUAUGUUAACUUGAUCUGCAAAGCUAGGCAGCCUUUUUCACACACAGUCUGUCAGAUGGACUCAACAAACCCA